AUGACCCAAACAGCAAAACGGAUAGCCAUUAUCGGAGCAGGUCCUGGUGGUCUGGCAGUGGCCCGGGCUUUUUUGGCCAAUACAAAUUUUGAACUGGUACUCUACGAGCGGAAGUCUCAAGUUGGCGGAGUCUGGUACUAUCCAAAGGAGGAUGAAGAGCAACGUACGGAUAGUGCAAUGUAUGAUGUUUUAGAGACAAACCUGAGCAAAGAAAUAAUGCAGUUCAGCGGGUUCCCCUUUCCAAACAACGUCCCUACAUUUCCGAGUAGGUCCCAGGUGCAAGAUUAUUUGGUUGAUUACUACCAAAACUUUGUCCAAGGUCAAGAGCGUGCGACUGUUCAUUUGAAUUGCGCAGUGAAACUCUUGGAAAAAAUUGGGGACUCAUGGCAUUUGCACGCUUCGGGCCAAAAGCCGGAAGUGUUUGACUUCGUGAUAGUCGCCAAUGGACAUUUUGACGUUCCCUAUAUUCCAACAAACCUCCCGGGAUACAAAGAAUGGGUAAGGACUGAUCCGAAGUCGCAAUUGCAUUCUAAGCAUUACAAUACUUGCACCAAAUUCCGAGGCAAGCGAGUCAUCGUGGUAGGAAAUGGCAGCUCGGGGACCGAUAUCGCUAACCAAAUCAGUUCCGUGGCACAGCAGGUGUUCCACAGUGUUAAGGACAUGUCAAAGGCUCGUAAGGACAGUAAUCCGGUGAUAACACCGGUGCCCGUAAUUUCGCAGCUCGCUAUCAAUAACAAUAGAACUGUCACACUGCAGAACGGUACAACGUUGCCCAAGAUCGACUAUGUGAUAUGGGCCACAGGGUAUAUGUACAGUGUACCUUUCCUGCACAGCUAUAAAGACCAAUUAUUUGGGUCUCAGCACUCAGAGAUGCCAGUUACGCGGCUUUGGAACCUCUGGAGACAAGUUGUGUUCACAAAAGAUCCUACGCUGGCCUUUUCGCUCCUAUGUAAGAACGUGGUCCCAUUCCCCCUUGCAGAAGCUCAGGCUUGUUUAAUGACCAAAGUGUUCAGCUGUGAAGUUGAAGUUCCGCCUACCGAUGGCUUGGCUGGCGAUAUGGCGGCUGGGAAAGACUACCACUCGCUGGUCACACCUAGGGACAUAGAAUACUGUCGAGAAUUGCAAGGAAUUCUAGACUCUCACAAUGGAACUAAGGAUAGGCUCCAGCCAGUGCGCUGGGAUAACGAAAUGGCCGCCCUACGCUACGAUACUGCCGCGCUGAAAGCAGAACGCAAUAAAACGCUGGUGCAUCGCGCUAUGCAACUGCGAGAUCGGCAUGAGGAUUAUUCCCUGGAGUAA